CCCAUUUCCACAGCUUGGUGGCGCGCACCCAACAACUCUCGGCUUAUGUGGCGCACUUUCUCGGCGGGCCAACGACGGUUACCGCGUGUGUCUUCAUGUGAAUGUACUAGGCGUGCGUUCAGCGAUGCUCCCGCUUCGGGUGUCCUUGGACAUGAGCACCUUCUGCAGGGGUUGACGGAAGCGGACGACAUGCGUCCCGUGACGAUGGUACAGGACAAGCAAAGCGCCAAACGCGUGCUUGAUAUCUUGGAGUCGUUGGGACCAGGGCACAUGCAUGCUUGCGACACGGAGGUGGCGAACAUCGACGUGAAGAAGGUCGGGCCGGUGGGGAACGGCAACGUGACGUGCUUGUCCAUCUACAGCGGUCCCGACGUCGAUUUUGGCAACGGUCCGUACGUGUGGGUCGACAACCUCGACAGCGCCGACGGUACCCUCGAGUACUUUCGUGGGUUUCUCGAAUCGAAGACCCACAAGAAAGUAUGGCACAACUACAGCUUCGAUCGACAUGUGUUGUUCAAUCCGUCGACGCGCAUCAACGUCCAAGGACUUGGCGGCGAUACGAUGCACAUGGCGCGGCUAUGGAACACGGCGCGGUUCCAGAAAGGCGGGUAUUCGUUGGAAGCGUUGUCGGCGGAUCUCAUGGAGCGCCGGAAGAAACCCAUGAAGGAGCUAUUUGGGGUGCCCAAGCUCAAGAAGGACGGGACCCCCGGGAAGGAGCGACUGUUGCCUCUUGUAGAAGAAUUGCAGCGGUUUCCAGAGUUUCGAGAGCGUUGGAUCCGGUAUAGCGCGUACGAUGCCGAAUGCACGUGGUUUUUGCAUAAAGUGCUGCAACACAAAUUGCAAGAUACGACGUGGCACUUGGAGACGUCGGCGGACGGUGUCGUGUCCCGCUACACCAUGUAUGACUUUUACGUCGAGUAUUUGGUUCCGUUUGGCGAGUGUUUGACCGACUUGGAGCGAAAAGGCAUGCACGUGGACUUGCCAUAUCUCGCCAAAGUAGAGCGGCAAGCGCUGGAUGACCGCGCCGCGCUUGAAGAACAAGUCAGGCAAUGGGUGUCCAGAUACGUUCCCGAAGCGCAUCGGAUGAACUUGGCGAGUGCAAGCCAAAAACAACAAUUGCUGUUUGCGCCGUUUUCCAAUCCCCACAAAAAUAUCGAGUUACCCGUGGAGCGCCUCUUUGACGUGGACAACAUUGAACAAGUCGUUGAAAACCCCGAAAAGCAAUCGAAACCCAAGAAAAAGCGAUCGAUUGCGAUCCGGGGGCUUGGCAUCCCGCCCGUGCAGUUUACAGCGUCGGGAAACCCCGCCGCCACCGCCGACGCGCUUAAGGAACUCGCAGGCAACCCACUGGCAACACCGCCACAGUAUGGACGAGCGUUUGAUCAUUUUGAAGACCCUGAAGAAGGCGCGGCGGCGUGCCAGGCGCUGAAAAAGAUGUACGACAUGAGCUCCAUGGACACAAUGAUCAACAACUUUAUCCUGCCGCUGCAAGAAUUGGCCGACGCCGACGGCCGUGUGCAUGGCGCGUUGAACUUAAACACAGACACUGGUCGCCUGAGUUCUCGAAAGCCCAACCUCCAAAACCAACCCGCAAUGGACAAAGAUCGGUACAAAAUCAGAGAUGCGUUCACGGCGCCCGAAGGCAAACUGCUCGUUGUCGCAGAUUACAGUCAACUGGAGCUUCGGCUGCUGGCCCAUGUCACACAGUGCCAAGGCAUGAUCGACGCCUUCAAGGCAGGGGGGGAUUUUCAUUCGAGGACUGCCAUGGGCAUGUACGAGUACGUGCUCAAGGCGGUGGAAGCCGGCGACGUGCUGCUCGAAUGGGAUUCGACCAAGGGCAAACCGCCGGUGCCGCUGCUUAAAGACGCGUUUGCGAACGAACGAAAGCACGCCAAGAUCCUCAACUUCUCCAUCGCAUAUGGAAAGACCCCGUUUGGUCUGGCCAAGGAUUUCAACGUGAGUCGCAAAGAAGCAGCGGCGACCCUCGAACGAUGGUAUGCUGAUCGACCUGAAGUGAAGGUGUGGCAACAGCAAGCGAUUGAAACGGCCAACAAGUUUGGAUACACGCGCACUCUGAUGGGUCGGUACCGCAUGCUUCCCGAUGCGAAGACAGAGUCCAAGGGAUUCAGUCAGCAAAAAGCCAAGUCGCAUGCCGAGCGAGCGGCAAUCAACACCCCCAUCCAAGGGGCCGCCGCGGACGUGGUGAUGCGCGCAAUGCUCAAUAUCCACCGGGAUGAGCAGUUGCGGGCGAUGGGAUGGGAAAUGGUGUGUCAGAUCCAUGAUGAAAUCAUCAUGGAGGGGCCGGCGGACUGUGCCAAGGAAGCAUGUGCGCGCAUGGUCAACUUGAUGGAGAAUCCGUUCGAGGCGCCGCUCAGUGUACGUUUGGAAGUCGACGCCAAGAUCGAGUCGUCGUGGUAUAAAGCAAAGUAACAAGGAAGCAAGCAUAUAUUGAAGUGUAUCUGCAUUGACAUGGAGGUUACUCUCGCUGGGUAAAUGCCAAAAUAACCAUGACCCCCAACGCCAACACCUUCAACGCCGGGUAGUCGUUCAUGAGAAUCGUCGCGUACCCGAGAUACGGCACGGACGCGCGCGCAAUGCCGACAACAUCAUGUCGUUCCAACCAAAGCUGUCCCGGGGCGUACAACCCGCGAUCGUGCACGUUGUUGUUGUCGCCCUUGGUCAGAUACAAGUCGCGGCCGUCCGACGCGCGCGUGUGCAGGUCCAACACCCGAUGGACGAUGGGAAUCUCACGGUCCUUGAUCUUGAACACGAUGAUGUCUCCAAUCUCCAACUUGGGCCUGUUGUUGUCCAGGAACAGAAUGUCUCCGCGUUGGAAUGCAGGCUCCAUGCUCCCACUGAGCACCACCACAAUGGGGCUUUCGCCCACCGUGAGUCCUAUAAGUCCCUUCCAGACCAUGAGCGCGCUGAUGAUCACCAUGCCCAAGUUGAGGAACUGGUGCGUCAACUGCCGCUUGUUCUUGUAUAACCGCCGAACUUCCUCCACCUGCUGCGCCACCAUCUUCUUCAUCGUGUCACCUUCGCUCCGUUCGGAGAAUCCACAACAAUGCUUGCAACGUGGCAG